AUGGAAUUCCCAGAACCAACUUGCAGUCGACGUUCCACGAUGCUUGGACGUGGACCAGGCCAAGGACCUCCUCUGGGUUUCUCUGGCCCUUCACAGACGCCGGUCACUCCUACACCCAUCCUUCAAGGUGUGGGAGCGUCUACGGCGAUUCUGGGGGAGAGGCUAGCUCCAGUCGUGCCCAGGAGGCUCGCGCAGCAACUGCGGCGGCGAUGCCACUGCCGCCGCCCCAAAACCAGUGGUGGCGCAACCAGGAAGAGUGACGGCACAAGGAGGAGUGGUGGCACAUGGAAGAGCGCCACCGCAAGCCAGCCAAAGAAGGAGAAUAGCCCACAAAGGGGGAGGUCGCCGAGAAGGAGUUCGCCCAAAAGGAGUGGGCCGAAAAGAACAUCGCCCAGGAGGGAGGGUCGAGUUUUGAAGUGGGAGAGAAGGGAUGAUAGGUGGCAGGGGAGGCCUUUGUCGUUUCAGAGACGGAGGUACCAUAAUUUUACACCUUUGAGAAAAGAUUUGACAGAAGUGCUCGAGGUGAUGGAGCAGAAGAUGUUGAGCGAGGAUGUGACAUGGCUGAAGACGAGGUUUACAAGCCUGAUUCGACCCAGAUCAGAUAGCUACUGCCGUUUUCAUCGAGAUUACUUCCAUACCACAGAGAACUGUAGGUAUUUGAAAGAUGAGAUCGAGAGGUUGAUUCGAGCGGAGCAUUUGAAAGAAUUUAUGUAUCAUGAUAGGGCAAAGGGCAAAGGAAGGAGAAGAUGCCGGGAGGAUUCGGAAGAAAGGAGUGAUAGAGAUGAGGAGGGAGAUGAUAGAAAUGGUCGAGAUGGUCGAGGGAAGAAGCCGAGGAGAGAUGGAGAUAAGAGGGGACACGAAGGCGAAGCCCCUAUGAAGAGAGGGACGAUUUAUAUGAUUUCAGGAGGGCCGACGGAUGGCGACUCGAAUAACGCCAGGAAGGAGCAUGCUCGAGCUGUGAAGAGGAAGAGAGAGGAGGUGGGGAUUACGGCUUGCAUGUCGGUGAUAUGCUUUAAAGUGGAGGAUGCUGACGGAGUGGUCUUACCACACAAUGACGCUUUGGCGAUUACCACGGAGGUGGCGGGCUUUGAUGUGAAGAGGGUGUUUAUUGAUAUCGGGAGUUCGAUGGACGUGAUGUUUUAUGAUUGUUUUGUGCAGAUUAACAAGGAGCUGAAUAUGGAGCUAAAGCCGAUGGCCACGGCCUUGUACAGAUUCAAUGGAGGCAAAGUAAUGCCGAUGGGUGAGAUUAGUCUUCCAGUUGCAUUAGGAUCGGGAGUGACGGGGAAGGUGUGGAUGGUGAGAUUCGUGGUGGUGGGAGCUGAGUCAUCUUAUAAUAUCAUUAUGGAGAGGACGAGCUUGAACGCGUUCCAGGCGGUCGUAUCCACGUACCACAUGACGAUCAAGUAUCCUGUGGGCGAAAACAUUGGUGAGAUUGCCGGAGAUCAACUUACCUCGAGAAGCUGCUACCAGAUGACA